AUGGCUCAUAAGUUGAGGGCAAGUUUGAGAGGAGGGUAUGAGUUUGUAAAGCCAAAAGUAGUUGACUAUAAAAAUUUAAGGAGAGAUAUCAACAGGGUUAUUGGUUAUAAAGAUGCCCAGAUGAUAGUAAACACAAUGAAUGACCGUCGAGCUCAUUAUCCAAAUUACUCAUUUGAGUUUAAUUGUCAAGAUGAUGUUUUGGACUGUAUGUUUUGGGCUGAUGAAAUGGAGAAGGCAUAUUAUGCUGAAUUUGGUGAUGUUAUCUCAUUUGAUGUGACUUUCCGAACAAACAAGUAUCGAAUGGUUUUUGUUCCGUUUACUGCUAUUGACUAUCAUAAAAAAUCGGUUACUGUUGGAUCUGGGUUGCUAAGCAAUGAAAGCAUUGAGUCUUACUCUUGGUUGCUUAAAUCAUUUCUUAAAACUCAUGGGAAAGAACCAACACUUGUUUUAACCGAUCAAGAUGCUGCAAUAAAACAAGCUGUUGAGAAUAUAUCAGAUGAUUUAUUUAAUAACACAGACUUUAGAAAAAGGUUUUCAAAGCUUGUUUGGGACACUAAUAUGAAACCUGAUGUUUUUGAGGUGAAGUGGGGUUUACUUAUGAAGGAAUUCAAUCUUGAAGACACAAGAUGGUUUAAAGACAUGUUUACAAUUCGUGAUUCAUGGAUACCUGGAUAUUUUAGUGAUAUUCCAAUGUGUGGUUUGAUGAAGACUACAUCGAGGUCAGAGAGUAUGAAUUCAUUCUUUAAUACAUACUCAGAAAGUGGGAACUUACUUUUGUGUUUCAUGAUGAAUUACGACACUGUCAUUCAAAAGCAAAGGAAUACUCAACGAGAUCUUGAUAAGGCAUCAAAGAAAGCAUCAUAUAAAAUGCAAACACCUCGAGAAAUAGAACUACAAGCAUCAAAGAUGGUCGGGAAGUUUACAUUGUGCAACACAACAACAGUUGAAAUAAAAGCUGAAGAAAAAGAAAUAAAUUGCAAUUGUGAGCAUUUUAAGCGUAGGGGUGUUUUAUGCAGACAUGCUUAUACAAUAAUGAUGAGAUGUGGUGUUAAAGAAAUUCCUGAAAGGUACAUUUUGAAGAGAUGGAGAAAGGAUGUGAUAUCAAGAAAUUAUUGUUUUAGUUCUGUUCGAUCCGAUUCAGGUGAUUGUGAGAAUGUAAAGUUAGUCAAUGAUUCAUAUUAUAGUUUUGAAUCAUGUUUAGAUAUUGUAAGAGAUGACAAAAAGAGAUUGGAUUUGUUUGCUGAGAAGCAACAAAUGUUGUUGAAGGAAUUUGAAAGUGAUUAUAUUUCUCCUGGAUUGAAAAGCAAGACAGAUGGUGAAGUUGUAUGCAAGCUUUUGGGUGUUACUAUUCCUAUUCCAGAAGAGAUUAAUAUUCAUGUUCCUAAAGUUCAAAGCAAUAAAGGUUCUGGAAUCAAGAAAAGAAUUCCAUGUACAGGUGAAGUAGCAUAUGAAAAUUCUAAAAAAGAACAUAGAAUGUGUUUAGGAUGUGGAUAA